UAGGUUUUGAGAAGUUUGUCAUGACCAAUGCCGUUUUUUGACUUCAUAGAUGCACUUUAGUUAUUUAAAUACUUUACGUUACAUUAUUUCUUGUAUGUUUGUCAUUUGAACACUAGAUGGAAAAAAUAUUAUGGAAAUGAAAUUUACAUAUUAUACAGCAUAUUGGCAUUGUGGGUAUAUUCAUCACAUUACAGUUUUUACUCACUAUUUUAAAUAAUCUUUAGCUUUCUUCCAUUACUGUUUUACACUUUGACGCUGUAUUCCAAUGUUUAUUUUCCAUUGUUUAUUGGAUGUAUUUUCUGUCGGCUGAAGUCUGGCUCGUCUGUCUGGAAUCCUUUUAAAGGCGACGCGUCGCUGUCUGUCUGCCGCUGCAGGAGAGCUCAGAUGGGAAGAACAUUUGAUAAAAAUGGUCCCCAAACUUCAGGGCCUGGAUAAACCGGCAGGACACCCUGCCGUCCGCUCGGACAGAGACUGUACUUCUGAAGGCGGCAGUGUCAACUAGAAACGAUGCAGUCCCUGCCCGUGGAGGUGGGCAGCAGCAGCAGCAGCAGCAGCAGCUCCGCCCCCAGAGACACAUCUGGCCCGGUGGUGCAGGUGUGCUUCCCCAGCGCUCAGGGCUCGGUGCUGGGCAGCCUGAACCAGCAGAGAGAGGACGGCCAGCUCUGUGACCUCUCCAUCCACGUCCAGGGUCACGUGUUCAAAGCCCACCGCUGCGUGCUGGCCGCCUCCUCACCAUACUUCCAUGACCAGGUGCUCCUGAAGAAUAUGUCCACAGUCUCCAUCCCGGCUGUGAUGGACCCGCUGGCAUUUGAGAGCGUUCUGAGCUGCGCCUACACCGGGGAGCUCCGCAUGCUGCGCGACGACAUCGUCAAUUACCUGACGGUGGGCAGCGUCCUGCAGAUGUGGCACAUCGUGGACAAAUGCACCGAGCUGCUGAGGGAGGGCCGGGCAGCAGCGGGCGGAGGGGGAGGAGGGGGUGCAGGAGGAGGAGGAGGAGGAGGUGUGCAGGACGGGGUCAACGGGGGCGGGGCAGCCGCAGCCGGGGCCUCAGCUGACCGAGGCGGGGCCAGCAACACCCCCAGCUACUGCACCCCAUCAGGAGGAGAGGAAGCCUUCCUUAUUGAGGAAGAGGAGGAUGACUUAGAGGAUGAAGAGGAGGAGGUGAUGUACCACCAAAGGAAGAGAGGAAGAGGAGGAGGCAGCGGGAGGAGGAAGAAGAUGAGCUCAGUGUCGGAGCAGGAGGUCGGGGUCAGUGACAGCUUUGGCGUGUCUUCCUAUCAGGACGGGGAUCACCUGCUGAGGCGUCCUGCCUACAGCCAGCCCAGCAUCAUGCCUCGCAAACAGUGGGUGGUGGUGAAGACCGAACGCAUGGAGGACGACGACCUCAUCGUGGUGUCCGGGGAGGAGGGGGGAGAAGACGAGGAGGACGAGGAGGAGAGGGAGAUGGAGCUGGCCCGAGAGAGGGAGAGAGGCAACUUCAACAUCUCCAACGUUAGGAGCCUUUCAGCCGACCUGCCAGCCAGAGCAGGGAGCGACAUGGACUCACAGGUGGACUACUGCCAGUCUUCAGAGGACUACCUCAAGUUUGAAGGCAGUUUAAUGGACCAGACUCUGGCUCAGCACCUCCAUGACAGCGCGGCGGGUCAGAGCCAGAGCGCUAACCGAGCCGUGUCGGCACUGCUGGGCCAGGUCCAGUCUGCAGCCUCGGCCCGGGCCCAGCUCUUCCCCCUGGACAUGCAGGGGAACCAGAUCCUCCUCUACAGCCAGGCCUCCGGGCUCUCUCUGGACGGGGCCCCCCCUCCCCUGGGGAUGGCAGGCGGUAUGAUGGGAGGAGCCUCUUUCAAAGGGCCCAGUCUGGAGCACGGCGCAGUCCAUUUGUCAGUGCAAGGCGGCCUAGGAGUCGACGGCAUGGACUGUGGGGGGAUGGGAGGUGGAGGUGGCGGCAGUAACAGCACCACCGGGGGUUCUGGGAAAGUGUUUAUGUGCCACUGCGGUAAGACCUUCACCCACAAGAGCAUGAGGGACCGCCACAUCAACAUGCACCUGGACCUGAGGCCCUUCCACUGCCCCGUCUGUGCCAAGAAGUUCAAGAUGAAGCAUCACCUGACGGAGCACAUGAAGACGCACACGGGCCUCAAGCCGUACGACUGCCUCGGCUGCGGAAAGAAGUUCAUGUGGCGCGACAGCUUCAUGAGGCACCGCUCACACUGCGAGAGGCGCGGCGCGGCGGGGGAGGGCGGCGAGGGAGGGAGCGGCGGCGAGGGAGGGAGAAGAGUGGGAGGGGAGGAUGGGCACGAUCUGAUGUCCUCUCCUCACCUCCUCCUGUCUGCAGGUGAGGGAGGACAGGGCGGGGUUCUGGGAGGAGGGGGAGGGAGAGGAGGCGUGUCGGUUUCUUCUCAGCAUUUUUCCAACAGUGUUCUGUCGCCAGCAACAGGAAGCAUCUGCAACGGUGUGAACAACAUGGCCGCCGCGGGGGCACUGCUAGGGGUCUCCCAGAGUCAGGGCGCAGGGAUGUUUGCCGCUCUAGGGUUGGGUCGAAGUGUGUGUGAAGAGGACGUGUGUGAAGUCAGUGCUAAUGAUAGCAGCGUGACCUAA